AUGGCCAACCCACCAGGUCCGUACGCUAUCUUAUCGCACACUUGGGGUCCUGUUGAGGACGAGGUAUCAGUCGAAGAUCUGAGGAAAGGUAUGUACGGCGGCAAAAUUGGGUUCGCCAAAUUGCGAUACUGUGCGAGACAGGCCAAAGUCGAUGGGCUGGACUAUUGCUGGAUCGACACAUGCUGCAUAGACAAGUCGAGCAGUGCAGAGCUGAGUGAGGCCAUCAACUCAAUGUACCAAUGGUAUGAGAAUGCUGUCGUGUGCUAUGUGUAUUUGUCAGAUAUUGAACGAGUCGAUGAGAUGGAGCGGAGUGCUUGGUUUACAAGAGGAUGGACGCUCCAAGAGCUCAUCGCACCAACCAAAAUCGCAAUUUACAACCGCCACUGGACACUGCUGGGCAGCAAGCAUGGCCUCCAUGGCCGCCUGUGCAAAAUCACGGGUGUGCCAGUCCGAAUCCUACGCGGCAAGAGCCCUCGAGAUUGCAGCAUUGCCCAGAGGAUGUCUUGGGCGGCUCAGCGUCAAACUACUCGCCCAGAAGAUAUCGCUUAUUGUCUCCUAGGGCUCUUCGAUAUCAACAUGUCGAUGCUGUACGGCGAAGGUUCGAAAGCAUUCAGGAGAUUACAACUAGAGAUCAUGCAAGUGUCCAAUGAUCAUUCCAUAUUGGCAUGGAAUAGACUCGACGAUGUCCAGUCUCAGGACUUGCUGGCGCGGUCUCCAGCUGAUUUCAGAUCAUGUACUGAUGUCGUAACGACAGACUCGACUGACAUGCCAGAGCCCUUCUCGAUGACGAACGUUGGACUUUCGAUUGCACUGCCGAUGAGGCCGUGGGCCAUGCACACCUACCUAGCAGUCCUGGAGUGCCAGGAUCAAGCCCAGCAUAAGGACUUGAUGCCUACUUGGCGAAAGGAUACUGGACAUAGUCGACUUGGCAUAUUCCUUCGACAGACUCAUCGCAAGGGACAAUUCAUCCGCGUGGCGUGCGUCGGACACCGACCGCGCAGUUUUGAGGUCAAAGCUAGCCGUAGGAAGAUACGGAUAGCAUGGCGAAAGCCCACUCGCGGUUUCGAACCUGAUGCAGACCUCAGGAUAGGAACACAACGACAGCAAACAGUCAGUGUCGAAAGUCAAGAAGACGCCAAAUUGAGAACGCGACGAGUCUUGAUUCGACAGCAAGCGAAUGCACAGACUGACUACGAGGAGGACUUCAUGUAUGGAUUUCUCUUCCGCAACAUGCUCGAGAAUACAAUCAUGUCCAGUAACCCCCCAGAACGACGUACCUGGACCGAUGGACUCACAGUGAAGGGGCAGUAUGGGCAAAUUUUGGGAAACGAGAACAACGUCUUGAUUGUCACUUUGUCAACAGGGGAAGGAGGUACGGUGUCAGUCUUCGAUGCGUUGACAACCACGCCGUCCAGGAAUGCCGCGUUGAUCGCAUUUGGCUUCGAUUUUGACUUCAACCCGGUGUGCCGGGUCAAGACGUUCAACACCACCGAGGAACACAAGUCGUCUAGCCAAAAGUGGAUUUCGACUCUGCACAACACGUGGCCGGAUCAGUGGAUUCAGAGUCUUGAUAGGCGGUAG